AUGUGGCAGGGGACCUGGCAGAGCCAGUCCAAGGGGGCACCUGCAGGAGUGACGUGGACCCACAAGAAGGCUGAGGGGCCGAAGCGCUUGAAAGCACCCGAGGAAGGAGGGAAUCCCGAGUCUGAAAUGACAGAGGCCUCGGCCCUGCUGCAGGGCAGCUUCCAGGGUGCACACGGAGAUGGUGGGGCUGAGGGAAGUACAAGAUUGCGAUCAGCCCCUGAAGACGGCGUCUGCCACCCCAGCUAUGGCCACCAGGUGAAAGGAGCCCCCCACCGCCACCGCUGCACCCAGAGGCCUGUCCCUCCGACCCCGCUGCCCUCACCCCCACCCCGCGGCGAACAGUGCAGGGGCAGGGUCUGGUGGCCGCGGGAAGUCCCCACGAGCCCGGCUGGCCUUCCCUUCCGGCCGCCGCCGUGCGGCGCCGCGUCCCCACGGGUCCCUCUGGCCCGGUUCCCUCGGCGCGCCAAGCCAGCCAGGGGCGCGGGCCGGGCUGGGGCGCCGCGUGGCCUCCCCCCGCAGGAGCACAGCGGCGCGGAGCCCCCCGGUCGGAAGACCCCACCCUGCUCCGCGCGCUGCCUCCGCCGCAGUGUCCGAGUGCCACGGGGCCAGCACGCCCAGGGGCGACCCAGAGGAGGCAGCGGCCCGGCUCGGGGACCAACUGCUGCGAUCCGAAAUGAAUGGCCGGCCCACGGCCGCUCGCGCCCCCCGCCCGGCCCCCGCUCCCCGCAGUCCGGCCCGGCGGCUCCCAGCUCCCCGGAACCCACCGCUCGGCGGCCACUUGGGCUGCACUUUGCAAAGUGUCCCGCGGAGCUGGCCCAAGCUCUGUCAAGGGCGCCGGGCAGGGCUGAGGCCAGGCGGCACGGCCGCGGCCCCCGCCGAGCCCCCGGCGCGCCCUGGCGUCUGCGGCGCUGCACGUCCCGGGCGGGGAGCGAGGUCGGGGCAGCCGAGCCGCGGAGCAGCGAGGGCCGGGAGGGUCCGUCCGGCCCCGCCAGGGCGCGCCACCGAGGGUGCGGGGACGCGGCGGGGAGCGGGCAGCCAGGUGACCCCGGGGACCGAGCCCCGAGUCCCUCCACAGCCGCCCGAGCUAGUGCCGCUGCCCGGGAGCCGCGGGCGGCGCGGGGCGCGGCGCGUCCACACUCACCUCCCGCUCCGAGGGCCCCGCGCCGCUCGCCGCGCUGGCGGAUGCGAACGAGCUCCCAGAACGGCAGCGGCGGCUGCCGGCGCCCGGCCCGCGCGCAGCGCUCUGCGGCGCGGAGGCGCAGUCCUCAUCCCUGA